CUGACAUUUUCCAUCCUUUGUGUUUCCGCCAUGCUACGAAGCAGGGUUACAUCGAUGAGUACCUGAGACAAGGUAAAGCGACGACGCGCGAGCAUGAUGAGGAAGAGGAUCAUCAAGCAGUUGCAAAUAAAUUUUUGAUGACGUGGCUCUACGACUUUGAUUACUCGUCUUCUGGUUGGGGAGGCGGACGCGCGACGGAAGAAAAGGCGGAUGGGCUUGGAAGUCCCGGACUAGCCGCACCGCCGGCCUCUACCUUUUGUAGUCGCACGGGCGAGGGCGAGGACCAAUGCGCUCGAGCAGCAAGCUCCGCCAGGAGACCACUACGCUUUUACAACCGGAAGAUUUUUUCGAACAUCGUCCAAGGAGAGAUACACGAGACGAUGACAAAAUAUAUUCAAGAAAGGGGUGGUCCCCUCUCAACCGACCAGUACAAGAGGCAUCUCAAACCUUUUUACACGGAGUUUGGCUAUUAUGUGCGGCUGCGCGAGUACACCAAACAGCUGUGGACGAGCAAGGAAUACCAAGAGGCCAUGUUACCUCUUUUUCGUCUAAAAGAGCGAGGCAGUGCAGAAUCGCAUAGCAGGACCCCGCCCGCUGAGAUGAACUAUUCUGGGAGUAAUACGCUAGAUUUGGGUUCAGCAUCCUCCACCGCGUCCCCGGUUCGUCUCUACAGUGGCAGUAAUGGCGACCAAAAAAUUAGUGGUUGUGAUGCUAUUCCUCUUCCUGUGAAGAAGCAACAAUGUCGUGACGACGAAGGGAGACGACCAAGGAGUGCGCAACGCUUGCGCGGGCAAAUGUUUGAUCUUUUGGCCCUCGUUGAAAGCAGACGUCAGUUGCUCGAGGCGAUGUUGUCCAGCUGGUGGCUACCGAACUUGGAAGGGCAAGUCGAGGUAGAAUAUGAGAGUGAAUCGUUGCAAUAUUAUCGUAUAGCAUACGUACAACAAACGAAAAAUCAUGCAUCUUUAUGCAGUUCUUGGACGGCGGUACCAAAAGCAAGAAUCAAUUAAGCAAUGUAGUACAUCUGAGUUGAACAACGAAUGCUGCUGCACUUUUCUUCGUUGUUUCUUACCGUUGCAGGUGGAGCAGGUAUCUAUACGCUACUUUUGCAUAGGAUGCGACUUCGAGAUUGGUAGGAGAAGACUCGCGGAGGCCACGAGGUUGGAUGCCAGCCCUGCCGAAGCGUUUUUUUGAUGACGACGAAGAGGAGCACGCGAUAGCUUUUGCAGGGUUGCUGGAACAACUGAAAAGGGACUUACCCUUUUUAUUCGCCUGCACGAGAAAAAAACUACGCAGUAGAGGCGGUACUGAGUGGCAAAAUAUUCCCCCCGAAGAUUCUAGCUUUUGGUUGUCGAUGCCAGACCCGCCGACGCUUCGGAAUUCCGCUCCCAAGCGAACAAAACC